CAGGGGCGCCCCUGCUGCGGGGCCGGGCCGGGCCGGGGGCGGCGCGGGCGGUAGCCGGGCGGGCCGGCGGGGUCCCCGGGCCGGCGGGCCCCGCCAAGAUGGCAGACCUGGAGGCGGUGUUGGCGGACGUCAGCUACCUCAUGGCCAUGGAGAAGAGCCGCAGCUCUCCCGCGGCCCGGGCCAGCAAGAAGCUCACCCUGCCGGAGCCCAGCAUCCGCAGUGUGAUGCAGAAGUAUUUGAAGGAGAGGGGAGAGCUGACCUUCGACAAGGUCUUCAAUCAGAAGAUUGGAUUCCUCUUGUUCAGAGACUUUUGCCAGACCGACGUUGAGGAAGGCGUUCCGCAGCUGAAGUUUUACGAAGAGAUCAAAGAGUACGAGAAGCUGGACUCUGAGGAGGAUCGUCUCAUCAGGAGCCGCCAAAUCUACGACACCUUCAUAAUGAAGGAGCUGCUGUCCUGCUCCCACCCCUUUUCAAAACAAGCCGUCAGUCACGUGCAGACCCGCCUGGCCAAGAAGCAGGUCCCAAUCACCCUUUUCCAGCCCUACUUGGAAGAAAUCUGUGGCAGCUUGCGAGGAAGCAUUUUCCAGCUCUUUCUGGAAAGCGAUAAGUUUACAAGAUACUGCCAGUGGAAAAAUGUAGAGCUGAACAUUCACCUGACCAUGAAUGACUUCAGUGUCCAUCGGAUUAUUGGGAGAGGCGGCUUUGGAGAAGUCUACGGUUGCCGUAAAGCGGACACAGGGAAAAUGUACGCCAUGAAAUGCUUGGACAAGAAGAGGAUCAAGAUGAAGCAGGGGGAGACCUUGGCCUUGAAUGAACGCAUCAUGCUCUCCCUCGUCAGCACUGGGGACUGUCCUUUCCUUGUGUGCAUGACGUACGCCUUCCACACGCCCGGCAAGCUGUGCUUCAUUCUGGACUUGAUGAAUGGUGGAGACCUGCACUACCACCUCUCCCAGCACGGGGUCUUUUCGGAGAAGGAGAUGCGCUUCUACGCCACCGAGAUCAUCCUUGGGCUGGGACACAUGCACAGCCGCUCCGUGGUCUACCGAGACCUGAAGCCGGCCAAUAUCCUUCUGGAUGAACACGGCCAUGUGAGGAUCUCCGACCUAGGCCUGGCUUGUGAUUUCUCCAAGAAGAAGCCCCACGCCAGCGUUGGAACUCAUGGCUACAUGGCUCCGGAGGUGCUGCAGAAGGGAACGGCUUACGACAGCACGGCCGACUGGUUCUCCCUGGGCUGCAUGCUGUUCAAGCUUCUCAGAGGGCACAGCCCUUUCAGACAACACAAAACCAAAGACAAGCACGCGAUCGACCGCCUGACGCUCACUGCAAACGUGGAGCUGCCGGAUUCCUUUUCCCCUGAACUCAAGACUCUCCUGGAGGGGCUUCUCCAGCGGGACAUCACGAAGCGGCUCGGCUGCCAAGGUGGUGGUGCCCAGGAGGUCAAGGCUCACCCUUUCUUCCAAGGAAUUGAUUGGCAGCACGUUUACCUACAAAAGUAUUCACCCCCCCUGAUCCCCCCCAGGGGAGAAGUCAAUGCGGCGGAUGCUUUUGACAUUGGCUCCUUCGAUGAAGAGGACACAAAGGGCAUUAAGCUGCUGGACUGCGACCAAGAGCUGUACAAGAACUUUCCCCUGGUGAUUUCUGAGCGUUGGCAGCAGGAAGUGGCCGAAACGGUGUUUGAGGCAGUGAACACCGACACGGACAAGGUGGAGAUGCGGAAGCGAGCAAAGAACAAGCAGCUGGGCCAUGAGGAAGAUUACGCUCUGGGGAAGGACUGCAUCAUGCACGGCUACAUGCUGAAGCUGGGGAACCCCUUCCUGACGCAGUGGCAGAGGCGCUACUUCUACCUCUUCCCCAACCGGCUGGAGUGGCGAGGGGAAGGAGAGUCCCGGCAAAACCUGCUAACGAUGGAGCAGAUCCUCUCGGUGGAGGAGACUCAGGUCAAGGAUAGAAAGUGCAUCCUGCUCCGGAUCAAAGGAGGGAAGCAGUUCGUCCUGCAAUGCGAGAGCGACCCGGAGUCCCUGCAGUGGAAGAAGGAGCUGACGGAGACCUUCACGGAGGCCCAGAAGCUGCUGCGAAGGGCGCCCAAGUUCCUGAACAAGUCCCGUUCUGCGGGGGUGGAGCUCACCAAGCCCCCCCUGAGCCAUAGGAACAGCAACGGCCUGUGACGGCUCGUGGGGAGGAGGCCGGCUGCCUCCCCCCCCCCCCGCUGCUCCAGAGUGGGGUCCUGCAAAGGGCAGCGUCUGGGCAGGGGCCAGGCAGGGAGACGUGCAGGGACAGGGCUCUGGACCGAGGGAGAUGGCCGGCCUGGAGGAGCCCAGCCAUCCAGCCCUGGCAUCGGAGAGGGCUCCCGCCUGCUUCAUGUUCCGGCCUGGGGCAGGGAUGGCCCUUUGGACCUUUGGGGCUCAGUGGGGAUUCCCUGGCUGCGUCCACCCGUCCGAAGGGACCUCUGGGUCUCACUGGGGCCCUUCAUACACACGGACCAACUGAAGACAUGUUUUGUGUGGCUUCCAGUGUUGUGCUGCUGCCGCUGCUGCUGCUUUUCGGCAAAAGUAUCUCUGGACUUUGGUUCCGUCUCCCUCACCAGCUGCCCAGCCCGUCCUGCCAGCGUCUGCUGUGGGCUCUGCUCCGUUGACCUUGGGCUGGACUGGUGCAAGUAGAAGCUUGGCUGGGGAAACAUGGUGAUUGUGUGCUUGUGUGUGUGUCUGUCUGUCUGUCUGUCUGUCUGCCUCUUCUCACACAUGAGUUGCUGGGGAGAGCCACAUGGCGAAUGCUUUUGUGACUUUCCUUUUAGUGGCACUUUUAAAAAACACUUUAAACAAAUCCAGUAACUAAACGUGGAGCAUGUGAACGCUAGAAUUAGCCUGCAGGCAGCCAGGAGGCCUGGCUCAACUCUUGCGGUUUCAGGAUCGCUCCCCCUGCUAUUUCUGUCCCUCGCAGAUUGCUCUUGGGAGCCUGGGGUCUGCCAAUUCCGGUGGUCUGAAAGUCUGUGGAAAUUUGCUCUUGCAAGGGAGAGACACCCCCCCCCCAACUCUAGAACUGCAACGUGGUCUGAGGGUGAAUUGGCUUUUGUGAUGGCACCGUGCCAUCUCCUCCUUCUCCUCCUCUACUUUUGCUUGGGUUUAGUGGAACUUUGAAGCUCUAAAUCCCUCUUUACAGCUGAUGGGAUUUGGAAGCGCUUUCCAGGGCCCUCCUUGGAGGGGGGGGUCUGAGCUGCAGCGCCCUAAUUGCAGGUGUGCAUGUGCUGGUCCCCAGUAACGGAGCCACCAGCCUCCCCUGCACUUUUGUGGGGAGCGGCUGGAAAGGAAUGAGGGGCCUCCACAGUCAAGAAUUUGGCAAAAUGGCCCUAAUGCACGGUGUUUUAGCCACGUUUGGGGGGGGGGGUUUCCCCUAGAGAUUUUGUGAAGAGGAAGAUGCAAAUUGGUUGCUUUUAAGGGGCUGGAGAGAAUCAGAAAAUGUUGCCUGGCUGAGACUGGCAGGAGCUGUGUUGCUGACUACCCUCAUCUCAGGGUGGCACAGAUUAAGCUAUUGUUCAGAUUAGCCUAGAUAUUUUAGGGGUGUGUGUGUGUGUGUGUUCAUUCCAGAGGCAGCUGAAGGGCACCUGAUAGAAAUGGGAUGAAUCCUAUGUGGCUUCAGAGCUGCCACCCUCCAGACUGUCUGAGAAGUUUGUGUUUUGUGUGAAUAUUUAUUUUUUUUUAAAGGAUAAGCAAUUUCAUUUCCCCCGAUGCGUGGGGGGGGGCCUCUGGGUACAUUUAAAAGCUGAGGAGGUUGGGCAAGAAUUCCCCUUCCUUUCCUAGUUUUUGAGAUCGAGAAAAGAGUGUGGUCCAUAGCUUCUCCCUAGGCUGGAAGAGGGACUUCACAGAGGCACACUUGGUAAAUUACUAUAAUAAUACAAAUUAUUAUCAAUUUACUAAUGAUAAUUAGUAAAGGAAGCAUUUCGCUGGGACGUUUGAUUGGUGGAAGAUGGGAAGUAAGUUCUGAAAACAAAGGUUGGCAGAGUCCUUUUUAAAAUUGCCUUCCCCGUGUCUGCUUGAAAAUCCGCCCUCGUCUCUUGCCCAUCCGUAGCAAGUUGCAGCUCCUGAGGGGCUUCCGGCAAGACCAGCCCUUGGCGGGGGAUCUGGCCGUGGUGACGAUUCCACCGAUUCAGAGGAGGUGAAGGGCGCCAGGAAGAGCACACCCGUGCGGCAUCUCUUGAGGGCAAAUUGCAGUUUACCAUUCCCCCCCCCCUUCGGCAAUGCACUGCUAUGUUAGAGGUCUGUUUUAGAGCACCUUAACCAUCUUGAAUUACAAUAUAUGCAUACUCUUUUUGAACUGUGCUGUAGAGAAGAACUUCUAGCUAAAAACCGAUAAAAAUGUUGGGAUAAUAUACAUUUUUGGAGAUCUUAAGAUUAUAUUGCUUACUUUCAGUAUUACACAAAAUGGGAGAAAUAUAUUUAAAAAACACUGAAAAAUGUAUGCAUAUUUAAAAGAGCAUAAAAAUUUUUUUGUGCCUGCUGUCAUGUUCCAUGAUGUAAAUAUGUGGUUUAGCACUACUGAAUAUUAGAGCAUCUGAUAAUUUGUUAUUUUUUUAAAGUGUUAAACUAAUAAUCAAAGUUUUAUUUUGGUACAACAUUAAGUUACUUUUAUCCUCAGAAGUAGUUUAAAAAAAUCCAAGAAUUAUGUUUUAACUAAGAGGCAUUUUUACGUUAUUUAUUUUUAAGUCUGGACACCUUGGUUUACUUAAUUCCCUGUACAGUUUUUUUUCCUCAUCUUAUGUAUGUUGUUUAAGUAACGAGGAUCCUUUCCCAGUUGAAUUCAAUAAUUUUUUAUUACAGUUUUCAUAAAAUUGCUGUUCAAACCGGAUUUUCUUUGUCCGACCAUCCCCAAUAAAACAAGUUCAGA